UAUUAAUCAUUUUCUCGUUGGCACUGAUUAGAAUUUUAGAGCUUCAUAUCUAACCUUCAGAAUAAUCGACAGUGAACUUUGUGAUUCGAUGCGCUUAGCGUUUUUUCCCUCUUCCCGCAAUUGCAUUCCCGCGAAGAAACUGCUCUUCACAGCUCGACGAGCUCUAUCAGUAGGAACCACCACACAGAACCCUAAUCUCUUCUCUCUUCUACACCAAUCCCCAAACCUCAACCAUCUCCGCCACCUCCACGCUCACCUCCUCCGCACCUCCGACUACUCCAACGUAGUCCUCAGCUCCAAGCUCGUCCUCGCUUACUCAAACCUAAACCAUCUCCCCUCCACCUCCCUCGCCGUCUUCUGGCACAUGCCGCACCGCAACAUCUUCUCGUGGAACAUAAUCAUCGGCGAGUUCGCAAGAUCGGGCUCUCCCUCGGAAUCGAUCGGUUUGUUUCUUCGCAUGUGGCGCGAGUCCGGCGUCAGGCCCGACGAUUUCACGCUCCCUCUCGUCCUGCGAGCUUGCUCCGCCUCUCGGGAGGCGAGGCUCGGGGGUUUGGUUCAUGUCCUGAGCUUGAAAUUAGGGUUUGGAGUGAGUUUGUUCGUUGGUUCGGGUUUAGUGAAUUUGUAUGUCGAUAUCGGAGAAAUGUGUUAUGCGCGUAAGGUGUUCGAUGAAAUGCUUGUGAGAGACUCUGUUCUUUACACGGCUAUGUUUGGCGGUUAUGUUCAGCGAGGGGAAGGUGUGUUGGGUUUGGCUCUGUUCAGAGAGAUGAUGUGUUGUGGGUUUUCGUUAGACUCGGUUGUGAUGGUGAGUUUAGUCACGGCGUGUGGGCAGCUUGGGGCGUUGGAGCAAGGGAAGAGCGUGCAUGGGUGGUGUAUCAGGAGAUGCUCUUGCUUGGGUUUGAAUCUCGGCAAUGCUGUUGUCGAUAUGUAUGUGAAGUGCUCGAAGCUGGUUUACGCGCAUAGGGUUUUCGUCGAGAUGCCGAGGCGAGACGUGAUCUCUUGGAGCUCGCUUGUUUUGGGUUAUGGGUUGGAUGGGGACGUUUUCAUGUCGGUAAAACUGUUUGAGGAGAUGCUCGAGGAAGGGAUCGAGCCCAACGCUGUUACUUUUCUUGGUGUUUUGUCGGCAUGCGCACAUGGUGGUCUUGUGGACAAGUCUUGGCUGUAUUUCAGACAGAUGCAGGAGUAUAAGAUAGUUCCCGAGUUGAAACACUAUGCUAGUAUGGCGGAUUGUAUGGCUAGAGCAGGUCUUUUGGAGGAAGCAGAGAGGUUUAUGGAAGAGAUGCCGGUGGAGGCUGAUGAGGCUGUUAUGGGUGCGGUGUUGAGUGGGUGCAAGGUGUAUGGGAAUGUACAAGUAGGGGAGAGAGUGGCGAGGAAGCUGAUUCAACUUAAGCCGGGGAAAGCUGGAUAUUAUGUGACGUUGGCUGGUCUAUAUACAGGUGCAGGUCGGUUUGUCGAAGCUGAGAACCUGAGGCAGUGGAUGAAGGAUAAGCAGAUUUCUAAGGUUCCCGGAUGUAGCUCAAUUUAAAGAUGGAUACAGGUUUCUAAGUUUUGUUUCCUGGGAUUUUUAUGUGAAAAAGAUCACCAGAAGAGGUGUUAUGCAUACGGCAAAAGUGCAUUUGCGUUUAUGCAGAUUGGUAUGAUCCAACAGUCAAGUUGAUGAAACUAUAGCUAGACUUUUGAUGAGGAGGCUCAGAUAAAGAACUGAAAUCAAGGAGAAAAGUAUUGACAAGUUCGUGAAAACUCUAGACAUUCUCACAGAAAUAAAGCAACGUAGUCAGUGGUAGAGCUUUUUCUUUUCUAAAGGAGAACACUGUAAUUAAAUUAAAUUGUUUAUUAGUAUGAUAUAUCAUUAAUUUAAAUUUUUAAA